AUGCUUCGAAACGUAAACUUUGCGCCUGUAUUGCGCUCUGCCAUCGCAUCAUCAAGAAGCAAUCGUUUAGUAGUCCCUGCAACAAAACUUCAAACAAAAUCAUACAGCAAGGAUUCUAAUGAUUCAUUCGACCCUAGUCAACAUUACGAAGUGGAGGAAGCAAUGCCUUUCGUUGCUAAGAAUGUAAAUUUGAAAAAGACUAGAAGUUUAGUGGAUUUGUUUGUUACUAAACUUGAGAAGGAAGGCGAAAAGGAAAACAAGGAGGAACAAUUUUCUGAAUUUGAGGCUCUUCAAAAGUCUGACAAAGCAAAGACUGUUAAAGCCCAAUUUUCAAAGAAGAAAGUUAGAGAAGCUAACGAUAACAUCUAUCAAAGAGAUAGUGAGGAAGCUAAAAAAUUACAACAACUCGAGAAAAUUUACAAUCAAUCAAAGAGUGAAACCAGCAAGAUACAUAGACAAGAUGUUAUUGAUAUGGAAAGUAAGGAAAGAGACUCACAAACAAAAGCUGGUGAUACUCUUUUGUCUUUCAUGUAUGAAUCAAAGUCUCCACACAGAGUUGUUGAAUCAUGGGAACUUGAACAACAAGAAAAGGAACAAAUUGCUGAGGAUUUCAAACAACACAAGAGAGAUUAUAAGAAACUCAUCAAGAAGGACGGUUUAACUACCGAACAAGCCAACAGAAGUGAAUAUAACAAGCAAUAUGAUACUGUUAGUCUCCAAAAUGAAAUGUUGGAAGGAAUGAAGGCUAUCAGCGACUACUCUUUAUCUAUUGAUAUGGACAGAAUGAGUGCUUCACCAACUUCUCUCACCGGUGAUAAACUUAUUCAAGUUAACAAUUCUAGAAACGAUCUUAAAUCACCAUUCUGGAAUGUUCUUUCAAACCAUGAAAAACGUUACUUCUUAAAGGAUGAAUAUCUUGAAGAUAUUUCAAAGAAUGUUGAAAAAUACGUUAACAUGACUCCUGAAGAAAUUGAACAACAAGCUCCAUGGCUGUUGAAUGAUCCAAGAUGGGAAACAAUAGAAGAAUUGAGAAAACAAAACAUUCAAGAUAUGUCCGAAACGACUUCUGAAGAUAGAAGUAAAUAUGUCAGAGGUAGAAUCUUUGAUGAUGAAGCUCUCCGAAAUCUCUAUGAAUCCCUCGGUUCAAAGCAAUUUGAUAAUGUUCAAGAAUUCUAUGAAAAUAUUAAGGAAGCUACUGAUGAAGAAGGUUUGCUGAGGAAAUUAGAAACUGUUUUCCCAAAUAUUUCUAAAGAUAAGCUCAAGUCAAUCUUGGACAAGGUUGUUAAAACUAUUCAACCAAAGUAUGAAAAGUAUGCUACACCAGUUCAAAGAACUAUUCAACUCAUCACAGACGAAAUUACUGAAACUGCUAAGCCAACCAUUUACACAAUGGCUGAUUUGGCCUCUAAACCAAAGCCAAAGAUGCAAACUGUUUUGUGGUCAAUAAGACAAAUUGCUACUAAGAAAGCUAAGGAAAGAGAAGUUGAAUUGGUACAUGAAAGAGCAAAGACAUUGAAACGUGAAGAUUAUACUUCUCCAAUUGAUCAUAUUUAUGAAGUUUUGCGACCAAUCCACGACGAAUCCAUGAAGGCUGGUGAUGAAAAGAGUGGUGUUUCUGAAUUCCAUCCUGCUAUCUAUGGUGGUUAUGUUGUUGCAACUGGUAAGAGAAAGUCUUCUAUUGCCAAUGUCAAGUUGUCACCAGGUACUGGUAUUUUCUUGAUUAACAACAAGUCAUAUCUUGACUAUUUCAAUCUUUCUCGUCAUCAUUACAAGUUGAUGCUUCCAUUGAAGUUUACUGAUACAUUAAAUCAAUUUGAUGUUGAAUGCAGAGUUCACGGAGGUGGUCAAACUGGUCAAUGUGACGCCAUUUUCUUGGGAUUAGCUAAGGCUCUUGCUAAGUUUGUUCCAGAAUACGGUCCAACUUUGGAAGCCACUGGAUUCCUUUUCAGAGAUCCACGUUCUGUCGAAAGAAAGAAAUUCGGUCAACCAAAGGCCAGAAAACAAUUUACUUUUGUCAAGCGUUAAACUACUUAUUUUUGUCAUACUUUUUUAUUUGGUAAUAAAAGAAAUUUUAAUAUAUAAUCUUAAU